AUGAAGACAGCGGGGCCAGAAAUGGAACUCCCUGAGCUGUCAUCCAUGGCUACAGUCAGCUUCAACUACGACUACUACUACGAUGACCAGUGCCAGUACCAGCAGCUGCAACAUAUGUCUACUUUCCUCCCUAUCCUUUAUAGUGCUGUGUUCCUGGUGGGCAUCGUUGGCAACUCAAUCCUGAUAGCGGCCUUGGUCUUCAAGCGACGGGUCCAGAGGCUGAUUGACAUCUUUAUCAUCAACCUCGCUGCAUCUGACUUCAUCUUCCUCAUCACGCUGCCAUUCUGGGUGGACAUGGAGGUGUCGGAUGAGAACUGGAGGGUAGGAUCUUUCCUCUGUAAAGCUAGUUCCUACGUCAUCUCAGUCAACAUGUACUGCAGCAUCCUGCUCCUCACCUGCAUGAGUGCUGACCGGUACCUCGCCAUCAUGCACCCCUCUGUCGCAAGACAGAUCAGAACAAGAUCCUAUUCCAGAGCACUCUGCAUCUGUGUCUGGUUAUUAUCCUGCUGCUUAGGGAUGCCGACCCUUUUGUCCAGAGAACUGAAGAAGCAAUAUGGAAAGACUUACUGCACAGACAAAGCCGUGACAGAAGCCAAACAGAUCAUGUCACUGAUGCUUUUAAUCCUGGCCUUCUUCUUCCCACUGUUGAGUAUCUUAACCUUUUACUGCUCCAUCACCAAGAGACUCUGUGUGCACUAUCAGAAGGCUGGGAAACGUGAUAAGAAACUGAGGAAAUCCAUCAAGAUCGUCUUCAUUGUAGUGGCAGCUUUUGUUGUCUCCUGGGUUCCUUACAAUCUUUUCAAGCUUAUGGCCAUCCUUUUGCGACUCCUAAAGCAUCCUGACUGCUUUUCUGGCACGGUUGCCUUGCUGGGCAUAAAGGUGAGCAGCCCUUUUGCUUUUGCCAAUAGCUGUGCCAACCCUUUCAUUUACUUUUGCUUUGACAACUACAUCCGCAGAGCCAUGCUCCAGUGCCUGUGCCCACGGGUGAAAAUCAGCAGCAACAACUCUGACACCCUGGACACCCACCUGAGCCAUUCCUUAUCCAGUUUUGUGGCAGGGGAUUAUAUUGCCAGGAAGAGGAAGCACUCUGUGUCCCUCUGACUGGGAGCUGGGGCUGCGGAGGAAGGAACUUCUCCCCCCAGAGAUGGCAGGAAAAGAAAAAGAGAAUCGAGCAACAGAGAAAGGUGCGGCUGUAAUGCAGCCAGUGCUUCAGGUGGGUGGGAUGCUGCUUCCUUUUAAAUGCAAAUAGAUGGGAUAGGAAACCUUAACCCCAGAAUUACUUCACAAUGAUGAUUGCUGUGACAACGCAUGGUGUAAAUGUGAAACCAUCAUACCGAGAAACAGCUACAAAUGCUUAUGCUGGAAGCCCAGUACAAGUUCUACAAACUACAGAAAGGAACCAUGUGACUCAGUCAAGGCCUCUCCGAGACAAGCUUUGAACUUGUGUGUAUAUAGGUUUUCAUUCUGUGUGAGAAAAACGAGUGUUUCUUUUUGGUUUCUAGCUUGCCCACAAAUAAUUCACAAUGUCCUCAAACCAGCCUGAACAAUUAUGGGCUUUUGGAGGUUUUCUGAACUUAGAAAUCCAGUAUUUUUAUGAAUUUGUGUGUUACCAGUCCUCAUAACUUGAGUCUUGUGCAUUUUAAGUCUCAGCUUCUUAUUAUAACAUUAAAUCUUCAGUUUUAAUCGUAAUCAUUAAAGUGUUUAGCCCCUCAGAUUUCAGAAAAAAGAGAACUUGAAGGCAGAGAAACCAGGAGACAAGCAAAACCUUGCAUUUAACUUUUCUCUUAAAGGAAAGAAGACCAACAAAAGCACACUUGUGCUUUUAAAGACUUUUUUUGAGGACCUCACACAAUUUCUGACUGCUUGGGUCAGAACUAAAGAGUUCCAGUAAGGAAAAGGACAUGGUGGGUUCUAGAGCGAACGGUUACACACAUGCAAACCUGCUAAAAGGCUUCAAAGGGAAGACGGCUGUAUCAGCUAACUUAGCUCAUGAAAAAUAGAAAUGAGCAAAGCCUGAAGGGCUGACUACUGACUGGACAGCAGAGAAAAAACCCCUGGAGACUGGGCGAUGGCAGUGGUAUCCCUCCGAUGUAACUGCAGCAUGUGUACAUUCACACUAUGGCUUUUCUUUUCACACCUCUUUGUUUUCUAAACAUCCGUAAAUGGCAAUGACUAUUUGGAGUGUUACAAAUAAAUUCUGGUGUUUGCUUUUUGUAUCGGCAACAGCUGAGCUGUUUAAUGCCUGCAGAGAAACAAAAGCAGACCUCACACAAGGGCGGCACAAACCUAGAAGCCAAGGCAUGCGCAUCUGGCCCAGCUCCCCAGCCAGUUCCACGCUGGACCUGCUGGCUCCCAGAGCAGGUGGAGAGCUGGCUCAGAGGCUCAGGGCAGGCAGAAGUGUCUUUCAGCAACUGCUGGUGGCAGAGUGCUCUCUGGCACACAGUAAGAUACUGGGAUACACACCUGGGCUACGAGGAGGGUAUCACAGAGACACACACAAGGGUUUUGCUCUCCCCUCCCUUCAUUGCAUGUGUUUGCUUCCUCCCUCACGACCUCUUCUAAAAGAUUUUGUUUUUCUUCCUCCACACGGCAGACUUUCCCUCCCACCCCCACCUAACUCCCACACUCCUUUUUCAGGCUUACAACUGCAUGAAGAGCAUCAACUGUUCUCAGACUUGCCAGUGUUUGAGACUGAGACCAGUGUCAGCUCAAAUUUUAGAGUUUUAAAUUUAUUUGCAGUGACCCUCAAAAACUGCUCUCUUCUCCAUCUCUU